AUGUCGAGGGCGCAGGGGCAUGCGCAGCAGGUGGAGAAGACGGAGACGACGUACAGAGAUCCACUGGAAGACCCACGGGACCAUCAGGGACACCAGCGGGAGCAAGCUGAACAUCUGAAGGCACCACAGCCCCUGCAAGAGGGGCCACCGUCGGAAGUGAAAUGUCUCCUACUUAUAAAAUUGGAGGAGAAGAGCAGGAUUCCAGGCUGUUUAGCAGACCAGCAGCAGGCUAUAGGAGCAGGCCAGCAGCAGACUCUAGGAGCAGGCCAGCAGCAGACUCUAGGAGCAGGCCAGCAGCAGACUCUAGGAGCAGGCCGGCAGCAGACUCUAGGAGCAGGCCAGCAGCAGGCUCUAGGAGCAGGCCAGCAGCAGGCUCUAGGAGCAGGCCAGCAGCAGACUCUAGGAGCAGGCCAGCAGCAGGCUCUAGGAGCAGGCCAGCAGCAGGCUCUAGGAGCAGGCCAGCAGCAGGCUCUAGGAGCAGGCCAGCAGCAGGCUCUAGGAGCAGGCCAGCAGCAGGCUCUAGGAGCAGGCCAGCAGCAGGCUCUAGGGACAGGCCAGCAGCAGGCUCUAGGAGCAGGCCAGCAGCAGGCUCUAGGAGCAGGCCAGCAGCAGGCUCUAGGAGCAGGCCAGCAGCAGGCUCUAGGGACAGGAGGCAGAGCACAGAGGAGCCACAAAUCAGCGAACCAGAAUCAGACAAAGACCAAGAUUAACUGGUGA